AUGGCUUCAUUAUACAACUUCAGUGCAGAAACCUUGUCUGAGCUCCGCAAAUUCCGUUUCUCCAGUGGGAAAGCUGACAACAUGCAAGCUAUCAUAUAUGCCAUAGAUAAAUCUUCGAACUAUGUGACAAGAGAGUCUGAGUCUCCAAUUGAAUCGAUCGAGGAACUCAUGGAGGAGCUUCCUGAUAACAGCGCACGCUAUGUGCUCUUAUCAUACCCCAUAAAACUUUCAGAUGGCAGGAUCAAAAACCCAUUUGUGUUACUCUACUGGAGGCCGCCAACAUCAGGACAAGAGAAUAAGAUGCUUUAUGCUGGUGCUGUGGAGUUGUUUAGAGAGAAAGCCGGUGUUUCAAAACUCAUUGAAAUAGAAGAGGAGGAAGAUUUUGAGGAUUUGGAAGAAAAGUUGGUCUAA